GUCAGACUAUGAUGACUGGAGACCAGCCCUGGCCAGCUUGCUUCAACCUAUCCCAUUUCCCAAGGAGGCUCUUGCACACAAGAAAUUCAUAAAGGAGAUGAAAUGUGUGAUUCAGAGAUUUGCAGAAGACCUGAGGCAAGAAGUCCACUCAUGCUUGCUGAGUGUGCGGGCUGGCAAGGAUGGCUGGUUCCAGCUCUACAGCCCUGGAGGAGUGGCCUGUGAUGAUGAUGGAGAGCUGUUUGCCAGUAUGGUUCAUAUUUUAAUGGGAUCCUGCUAUAAAACAAAGAAGUUCCUGCUUUCACUGGCUGAAAAUAAAUUAGGACCUUGUGUGCUACUGGCCUUGAGGGGUAACCAGACAAUGGUAGAGAUUUUGUGUUUGAUGCUGGAAUACAACAUCAUUGAUAAUAACGACACCCAUCUCCAGAUCAUCUCUACCCUGGAAAGCACGGACAUGGGAAAGAGAAUGUAUGAACAGCUGUGUGACAGGCAGAGGGAGUUAAAAGAGCUGCAAAGAAAAGGUGGUCCCACAAGGUUAACACUGCCAUCCAAGUCCACAGAUGCAGACCUGGCCCGCUUGCUAAGCUCGGGAUCUUUUGGAAAUUUGGAAAACCUCAGCCUAGCCUUUACCGAUGUGACAAGUGCUUGUGCUGAGCACCUCAUUAAACUGCCUUCACUCAAGCAGCUGAACCUGUGGUCAACUCAGUUUGGAGAUGCAGGGCUGCGGCUUCUCUCUGAACACCUUACGAUGCUGCAAGUGCUCAACCUCUGUGAGACUCCUGUCACGGAUGCUGGGCUGCUGGCUCUUAGUUCCAUGAAGAGCCUGUGUAGUUUAAAUAUGAACAGCACCAAACUUUCAGCAGAUACCUACGAAGAUCUCAAGGCGAAACUACCCAAUCUGAAAGAAGUGGAUGUCCGCUACACCGAAGCAUGGUGAACUCUCCCUGCCUCUGACUCUUCUCUUUUGCUUCUCAUGGGAAGAAAAAGAUUUUUAAGACAGAGAAAAACAAACCGGAAAAUAACUUUUGGCUAAUCCCUGUAGAGCAGUGAAUCCUGGGACUUGGUGGCAGGAGUCAUGGUUGUGGGGGAGAGGAGUGCUGAUAUGUGUCGGGGGGGAUGGGGCAAGCCUGAACCCUGCUGUAUUCUUUCAGCUUUGUGAUUUCAGAAUCCACAUAAUUUACACUGGAAAGAAAAGAAAAAAAAAAGACUUUGUAGCAGCAAGAGGAUUAUAAAGAGAAAAAAACACCUUUGAAUUUUAUUUGCCUUUGUGUUUUAUGUCAUGUGGAGAAAAAUAAAA